GGGCAGAGUUUGAAUGUACAAAAUACAAGUCGACAACAAUAUAAUUGUUCGCUUCUUUCUAAAUGGCCAGUCAUUUCCGUUGAAAAGUGAAAGCAGCAGCAAGAUGCCAGGCAAGAAAAAGAAGUACAAUGCUCGUUUUCCACCGGCACGAAUAAAAAAGAUCAUGCAGACUGAUGAAGAUGUUGGUAAAGUUGCUGCGGCUGUGCCAGUAAUCAUCUCCCGAGCCUUGGAGCUGUUUAUUGAUUCCCUAAUUGAGAAGACGGCAUCUGUAACUAGGGGUAAAAAUGCCAAAACACUGUCAGCAUCACACAUAAAGCAGGCGAUACACUCAGAGAAGACAUUUGACUUUCUCCGGGAUCUGGUACAGAAUGUUCCUGAUCACCAGGCAGACGAUGAGGGGGAAGGUCCUGGGCCUGUAGCAUCCUGCAGUGUUGUGCCGGAGAAGAAGAUACGUGUUCCAAGAGUGAAAAAGGAGGGCAGUAGGGGCCCGGGUAGACCUCGGAAAGUCAAACAAGAGGAAAGGCUGGAGCAGAAGUCGGAAAGUGAUGAGCAGACAGAAUCAGAUGAUGGUGGGACCUGUGAUAGUGAGAGUAAUUCCCCUCAGCCUUCCUAUGAGUCCCCCUCCCAGUCCAGUGCCCCUGCCAACUCAGCGCCAUUCCAGCUUCAGCAGCAAAUGGAGCUCCUGAAGUCAAUGCAACAGUGUUCCGAAACCCAGGUUUCUUCAGGGCAGUCCAGCCUACCCCUGACACCCUCAGCUUACACGUCAAGUAGCCAGCCAAUCAGGAGAGAGCCCUCACCCCGCCUGUCCUACCCACCGCAGUUGCCUCAACAGUACCCACCGAGCACCUACCCACUACCGCACAUGCAUUUCCCUCCAUUCUCACCGUACCCUCUGGGGGUGAUGCCUGGCCUACCUGGGCUGCCUAAGACAACCUCAACGUUCGUGCCUCCUAGUAAUGCAGGAAUGCUUGCGUUCUCUCCUGGGUUCAUGCCUGCCCCUCACCCACGGUUUAUGAUGCCCACAAUGGGCAUGAUGAUGCCAGAUGGACAUAGAACUUCACCCUCUAUGGUUCCCCCUUCAACGUUUGCUCAGGAUCCUGAUGAUGGGAACCAGCCCCUGGAUAUGACCAUGUCUAGUAAGCACAGAUCUCAAGAAGACCACAGUUCUUUACCAGCGAAUGCAGUGACGUCUGCUCAUGCUUCGUCACAGCGGUCGCUGGGCAUGACCCCCAUUGGGUCCAGUGUCUCCUUACCUAUGGGCAUCACCACCCCCAUGAUGGGCAUGAGUCCUUUCCUGCAACCCAGCAUGCCUUGGUCGACAGAGAUAAAUGUCAGCUCAAAUGCAAUGGACUUGCCAGAAAGUGUUCAACGUUCAGCAACUUCGUUACCAGAAAGAAAGCGUAGCAUUUCCAUGGAGAGUGCUGUUAAGUCAAGUAAUGGUAGCAGUGCAGUACAAAUAUUAAGAGAUUAUUCAGAAAAAUUCAGCGAACAGACUAGUGGUAAUGCAAACUUAAAUCAGACUUCGCCGAACAAUAUGGUUGCAAACCAUGUGAAAGAAAAUGGCAAAACCUCUAUAAACUUUGUUGACUCAAAAUCCCUGCCUGUGAAAGGCGGAGGUUCUAAUUCUCAGUCAGUACAACAAGACAGUAAGGGUUUGUCCUUCAGAAGGCUGGCUGAGUUUGCAACUGCUCCGAACUUGAAAUCUCAUGCAAAUGUGGAUGAGGACUAUGAUGCCUGAAUGUAAUGAAGCUUUAAUAACCCAUUUAUGCCUAGUGGACUCUACCAUCCUUCUAAAUUGGAUCAAUUUAUUUCCAAAAUUAGGGAUGUCGAAUAUAUUUAUGCCCCCCUUCAAAGAAGAGAGGGUAUAUUGUUUUGCACAUGUCGGUCGGUCUGUCCACCAAAUGGUUUCCAGAUGAUAACUCAAGAACGCUUAGGCCUAGGAUCAUGAAACUUCAUAGGUACAUUGAUCGUGACUGGUACAUGACCCCUAUUGAUUUUCAGGUCACUAGGUCAAAGGUCACUGUCAAGGCCACGUUUGAGGGGGCAUAUGUCUCCGACCGCGGAACACUUGUUAUUUCUAUAUUUAGAAUAUUUCUUACAGAAAUUCCUUUAAGCAAACAGUGCAGACUCUGAUGAGACAUCACAUCAUGUGGCGUUUCAUCUGGGUCUACGCUGUUUGCCAAGGCCUUUUUUCUAGACGCUAGGCAUAAAUGGGUUAAAUUCCCACCUUGUGCUUCUUUAACAAAAUGCAUUGAUCAAAUUGAUUUCAAGUGUUCUGUUUGAUUGUGUAAUUAUUGGUUCAUAAAGUGCUGUUUUGACACUUUUGUGUAAUUGUUAUAUGUUAUUCAUUGUCAAUUUAUUAAGUUUGUUUUAUUUUCACAGAUAUAUGUGUGUGCGUUGCAUAAUAUCUAAUUUUGCAUUAGCAUUGAGUUUAUGUAAGUUGGGAUACUAUCUGGAAUUCUCAUUUUGGUUGUUUUGGAAUUUAUGUUAGUAUUUGAAGACACAUGUGAAACAAAUUGAAAAUGGCAUGCCUGUAUGAGGAAAAAUGGAUUUUUAAAAUCAAAAUGUUAAAAAUAGCAUGUGCCUAUUGAAUUUGUAUAUAUUUUUUUAAAACUUUGUUUUACAUGAGUAUGCAAAUAUUUAUGUUUGAUAUUAAAAGUAUUUGCAUUGUUUCAAGCAGAAAUAUAACAUUUUUGUUGAAUGUUUUAGAAUAUUUGAUGGACUGCCAAGCUCAUAUAAUAGAGCGCUGGACUGAAAAUCUGAUGAUCUAGAGAUUGAUGCUAGGCCUGGCCAUAUAUAUUGUGUAGGGAUUGUUCAUGGAAUCCUUCCUAUGGCCAUUCUCCCGCUACCUCUGAUUCAAGCAGGGCAGUUGUCAAGUACUGACAUACCUAUGUACACUAAGUAGUGGUAACCGUGCUAUCACAGGAAGUUUGAGUUGGUAAACUGGCCAAUGUGAUGUGAUUGAAAUACUGUUGAAAUCAGCAAAACAUCAUACUUAAUAAUAAACAUAAACAAACAUUUGAUGGUUCUGCUGAUCAUUUUAAUUUUCAAGCGAAUGAAUAACUUGUUUAUAGCAAAUGUUUCUGUUGUAUGACAUUGCUUUUUCUGUUAAUAUGUCCAUAUAUUGUUUUGUUAACCAGGUUUUCCGAAGGAAAAAACUGGUUAUUAGAUUGGCGAAUGCGGGCGGGCUGGCUGGCUGGCGGGCUGGCUGGCUGGCGGGCUGGCUGGCUGGCUGGCGGGCUGGCGGGCUGGCGGAAUAAGCUUGUCCGGGCCAUAACUAUGUCGUUCAUUGUCAGAUUUUAAAAUCAUUUGGCACAUUUGUUCACCAUCAUUGGACGGUGUGUCACGCGAAAUAAUUACGUCGAUAUCUCCAAGGUCAAGGUCACACUUUGAGUUCAAAGGUCAAAAAUGGCCAUAAAUGAGCUUGUCCGAGCCAUAACUAUGUCGUUCAUCGUCAGAUUUUAAAAUCAUUUGGCACAUUUGUUCACCAUCAUUGGACGGUGUGUCGCGCGAAAUAAUUACGUCGAUAUCUCCAAGGUCAAGGUCACACUUUGAGUUCAAAGGUCAAAAAUGGCCAUAAAUGAGCUUGUCCUGGCCAUAACUAUGUCAUUCAUUGUGAGAUUUUAAAAUCAUUUGGCACAUUUGUUAACCAUCAUGGGACGGUGUGUCCCACGAAAGAAUCACGUCAAUAUCUCCAAUGUCAAGGUCGCCACGACUAAAAAUAGAUUUAAAAAAAAAAAAAACUUACCAAGGGGGUUAAUUUUUUUUGGUCAUUUCAAAAGUUCAGUUUGAGUUUUCUCCCUUUAUCAGAUUUUUUUUUCACAAUGAAAACCUGGUUUUGUGACAAUUUUGUCCCUUGUUUUAAAGAUGAUAUUGUUAUCAAGUCAGAAGUAAAGCAUUCUAUUUUUGGA